UGUCAUACGUGUUUCAAAAUUUAUACUCCAAUUUUACCCUCAAUGGUCCUUAUGUAUAUCUCUUAUGAAAUCACUUCAGUGCUACAACUUUAGUGGCCAAUAACUUAACAGAAAUUAGCUUUUAUGGAGCUCUAUAUUGUAAAAAAACAAGGGGUAAAUAUUAUUGGGAUUAUAGUUAUCUGGUGUACCAAAGCUUCCCUACUAAUAUUACUAACAAAAUUCUUGCUGAUUACAAAACAUAUUGGACAUGUGUAACAGAGGAAACAGAUGUUAUAUUUGAAGAUAACAGCACAGCAAUAACCCUUAAUCUACCAUCAAAUCAAAACUGGGAUAUAAUGGGAAAAACAUCACCACUUAUUUAUUACAAAGACUACAUAAAGCGAAAUAGAAUUCAAAGCAACAUGCAAUUUAUGCUACUCUGGAAAGGCCAAGGGCAUCCAACUAUAGAACCGGUAGUACUUCAUCUAAGUGGUACAGUACAACCAAAUACAGUUCUCAUUGUAACAAACUUAAUUGAGGAUGAAGACAGAAAUCAUGUACAUGUAGUGCAUACAGAAAAACAAUUAGAUACUACAAAUUUGAACCAAAUCAUUUUAGCAUUAAAGGAUAGUAAGUAUGAAGUUGGAACUUGGCACCGUCUCUGCCUUAGUUUGGGUUUGCUCGAAGGAACUUUAAAGGCAAUCAAAUCUGAUGAAAAUGAUUCUGAGGAUUGUCUGAGAACUUGUUUGAACAAAUGGUUACAAAGAGCUGAUGGUGUAGAUGCACCUACAUGGACUUCAUUGGAAAAAGCUCUCAAUAAUAUUGGCCAAAAGGCAGUAGCUGAAAGUUUGAAAAACAAUUGAUAUACAUGCUACAUUUAGUUGCUGAUAACUACACAUAAUUUAUUUCUUUUUCUUUAAUUAGCUUUGUGAUCAACAUGAACACUA